CAUAAAUACCGCAGAGAAGCAAGCAAAAUGUUUCAGAAUUUUUGGAGUGCGGUAACGUUUUAGAAGCACAAUAAAUCCGAUUAGAAAAAAGUACACAAGACCAAUAUAUAGAAAAAUUAUUAAACCGGUGGCUACUGAAAGUGAAUUUAAUUGUAAAAAGAAUACAAAUUAUAACAAAUACUCAUACAUUUGAAACGAAAAACGCAAAAAACACGCGGUGUGAGACAAAUUAAGCAAGAAGUUUUGCAUUAAAAGCGGAAAAAGGUGCUUAAAAACGAAAUUUUAUUAAAAAAAAAUCAAAUAAGAAUAAAUAAAACGAACUUAUUGCAAGUGGAAUUUGUUAGUAGAAAGAAAAAAGUUCACACGAAAAAUUUGUCAAAGAAAAGUUUAAAAACAAAAAAGAAAAUAGUGCAAUUUAACAGGGUGCCUAAAGGAAAUCAAUAGUGAAACGAAUUUCACAAGUUUUUUUUUUGGAAAUUUUCAACGUUUGUUUUUUUAAUAGAAAAAAGUCAUGGGUCUCUUAAGUGAAGGCAGCCCCUUGUCGUGGGAAGAAACAAAAGCACAUGCUGAGCAUGUGCGAGAACAUGGCGUAACACAGUUUAUAAAUCUCUAUCACAGACUAAAAGAUCGUCAGGGUGAUGUCCUCAAAUGGGGUGAUGAGGUGGAAUAUAUUAUUGUUAAAUUCGAUGAUAAUAAAAAACAGGCCAAAGUCUCGCUCAAGGCUCAAGAGUUGUUGGCUAAAUUGAAUGAAAAAGAAAUGGCUGAUCCACAGGGUGUUAAAUCUCUGUGGCGUCCAGAAUAUGGUGCCUAUAUGAUUGAGGGUACCCCCGGCAAACCAUUUGGUGGUCUAAUGGCACAUUUCAAUGUGGUAGAGGCUAAUAUGCGCUACAGGCGUGAAGAAGUCACGGAGCUAUUGGAAAAGGACGAAUGUGUAAUGUCCAUUACAAAUUUCCCCCGUUUAGGUUGUAAGGAAUUCACACAUCCCAUUUAUAAUCCCCAGCCAGAGGAUCCAACCAGUUCGGCAAAAUCUCUAUAUUUCCCCGAUGAGGCCAUAUAUCCAGGUCACCCACGUUUCAAGACCCUGACACGCAAUAUACGCAUGCGCCGCGGCGAAAAGGUGGCCAUAAAGCUAAAAGUAUUUAAGGAUGAAAAUACCAAACUACCAGUAGAAGGUAGUCCUCCUAUGGAACCAGAUGUAGUAUUACUCGAUGCCAUGGGUUUUGGCAUGGGCUGCUGUUGUCUACAAUUAACAUUCCAAGCCUGUAAUAUAACAGAGGCUCGUACCUUGUACGAUCAAUUGGCCCCGUUGUGUCCCAUAAUGUUGGCCCUCACAGCAGCUUCACCCAUUUACCGAGGCUAUUUAACAGAAUCUGAUUGUCGUUGGAAUGUCAUUAGUUCCUCGGUAGAUUGUCGUACUCAGGAAGAAAGAGGCCUUAAACCCUUAAAGGAAAAUAAAUUCCGUAUAGCUAAAUCUCGUUAUGAUUCUAUAGAUUCUUAUCUCUCACCAGAGGGUGAGGAAUACAAUGAUGUUCCUCUAACCUAUGACGAGAAGGUCUAUAAACGUUUGCGUGAGGGAGGCAUUGACCAUUUGUUGGCUCAACAUGUGGCUCAUUUAUUUAUACGUGAUACAGUUUCUCUAUUCAGUGAGAAAGUUCAUCAAAACGAUGAGGAGGAUACCGAUCAUUUUGAGAACAUACAAUCCACCAAUUGGCAAACCAUGCGCUUUAAACCACCACCACCCAACUCGCCCAUAGGUUGGCGUGUUGAAUUCCGACCUUGUGAGGCUCAAAUAAGUGAUUUUGAAAAUGCUGCUCUAGUAUGUUUUGUGGUUCUUCUUACUAGGGUGAUACUAUCGUAUCAAUUGAAUUUCCUAACACCCAUUUCAAAGGUCGAUGAAAAUAUGCAAACAGCUCAAAAGCGUGAUGCUUGCCGCAAGGAAAAGUUUUGGUUCCGCAAAAAUGUACGCAAAACUCAUCGUUUAUCGAAUGGUUAUGCUAAUGGUACUCUACACAAUGGCAACAUUAAUGGAAGUGCAAAUGGUACUGCUGCUACCAAUGGCUCUACGAAUGGUACCGCAACUAAUGGUUUGAAUGGUAGUGACACCACUAAUGGUUAUCAUCAUCAAACGCAGAGCGAUUAUGAUGAUGAUUUUGAAUUAAUGUCGAUUGGUGAAAUUUUCAAUGGAAAGCCUGAUUCAUUUCCUGGCUUAGUACCACUCAUACGCAGCUACUUGCAGUCAAUGGAAGUUGAUACCGAUACUCAUUGCACCAUCGAACAAUACUUGAGAUUUAUACAAAAGAGAGCUUCAGGAGAAUUAAUUACAACAGCUACCUGGAUGAGAGAGCAGGUCUUAAAUCAUCCAGAUUACAAGAAAGAUUCCGUUGUUAGUGAUCGUAUUAACUAUGAUAUGUUAAAGAAAAUACAAGAUAUACAAAAUGGUAAAUUAAUCGAACCUGCUCUGCUGGGACAGGGUAAUCAUACAAAAACGAAAGAUUUCAUACCACCAGCUAUACAAAAACAUUUGAAUGGUUGUUGUGAAAGUAAAUGACCAUUUCAAUGGGAUGAACAAAAUAAUGGUGACGACAAUAGUGAUAAUGAACAGCAACAACAGCAACCAGUAGAAGAUAUAGACAAAAAGUAACAUUGCCAAAAUUGAAACAAACUAGACCACAACAACAAAAAUGAAAAAAACAUUAACCAAAAGUAACAACAAUAUUGA